UAUAAAAUGGACUAUGAGACUUCAGUGAAGGGAAGCGGCUGGAUUCCCAUUGGUUCUGUGGACGUGGAAAGAGCUAAGGUGGCAGGAGCAGCGAUCAAUGAGUCAAAGUACCGCCAGAACCCGGACACCUUCAAGUUCUCCAGUCUCAGCGACUCCAUGAACAUGAUGCUGGCCAAGUCCAACACCAAGAUCAUGAACAUGAAAGAGUAUAAGGCCAGUGGAGAGAAGUUUGUGCACACUUACCAUCUCCCUGCUGACGUCCCUGAACUGAUGCAAGCCAGAUACAAUGCUGUCAACAUCAGCAAGAAUUGCUACACCCAUGCUCAUCGCCAAGAUCUGCUCAAAGGACAUCACGUGAAGCAAGAUGCCAUUUCCGUUAUUGCAGCAAAACAGUCCACUAAAAUCGCCAGUGAUUACAAGUACAAGCUGGCUUAUGAGAAGGCAAAGGGCCACCAUGUUGGUUUCCGCAGCAUCGAGGACGAUCCCCUGCUGGUCCACUACAUGAAGGUGGCUAAGAUGCAGAGUGAGAAGAACUACAAGAAGGACUACCACAAGGCCAAGCUGAAGUAUCACUCCCCAGUGGACAUGAUGAGUUUGACCCAGGCCAAGCAUGCUUCAAAGGUUCAGACCUUCACCGGAUACAGGAAGAUCCCUAACGGCUACUUGCUCCUGCCCGACAACUUGAACGUGCAGCGCUGCCGCAACAUGAUGGAGAUUCAGAGUGAUGUAUGUUCUCACUUUUUACGCAUACUGUAUGUAGAUGUCCAAGUCUUUGAAAAACACUUAAACGCAGCAUGCAUCUGUGUGACGCUGGAAACAGAAAAGCAAUAA